UCCUUUCAGAAAACCCCCAACCCAAUCUCUCCCAACAGAUCCCUUUCCUCUCCCUUUCAUUUCCAGUUCUUUGGAACUGAAAACGAUGUCGGAUAAACCAAUGGUAGAUCUGCCACCCGAAUGUUGGGAACUGAUAUUCAAUCUCGUCGGCCACCACCGUCACUUCGAACCGCUGUCUGUGGUCUGCAGGCAGUUCCUUGCGAUCUCCAACCAACUUCGAGUUAGCCUCACUGUCUCCGACCAAACAGUUCUCUUCCUUCCCCGGCUUCUCCGACGAUUCCAACAUCUCAGAAAAAUAGAUCUCAGCGACUUCCACGGAGACCUCGAAGGCCCUCUUUAUCAGAUUGCGAAAUCGGGGCUGGACCUCGAAGCCCUCAAUCUUUCCAACCAGAGGAAUCUUCCUCCUGAUGGGUUGAGGAAAUUGGGUUCAAAUAUGAAGAACUUGAGGAGCCUGACUUGCUCCAAGAGCGGCUCCUUGCUGGACUUCCAUCUGUUUGUUAUAGCGGCGUCGUUUCCAUAUCUUGAAGAGCUUGAUAUCAGCUAUCCUGAGCAUGAACAUUGCUAUUCCUCAUCUGGGUUUGCGGAUUCCGGGAGAUAUCCGGCUGUAACUGAUUCAGGGGUUUAUGCAUUGUCGACGAAGCUUAAGAAUCUUAUCAAGAUCGACCUUUCAGGUAACCAGUUCAUCCAUGAUACAUCCCUAAUGGCCUUGUCAUCUAAUUGUGCCUUACUAAGAGAAAUCGCGGUCCGAGACUGCGCUUUCAUAACGCAAAGCGCUCUUGCUUUUGUGAUUUCUUGUAGUCCUGAAUUGAGGUCCAUAUCGGCAAGUGAAAUUUGGUUGCCUUUUAAGGAUGUUGGUUUCGAACAAUCAUUUAUUUACGCCAAAGCAUUAUGCGAUAUUAAUCUGUCAAACUCAUUUGUCGCCGAUGAACUUCUUUAUUCAAUUGUUGAAGCAUGCCUCCCAUUAAAUAAGCUUACUCUUGCCCAUUGCGACGGUUUCACUUUUGCUGGAAUUUCAUUGCUGUUGGCUAAAUACCAGUGUCUUAGCUUGUUGAAUCUUGAAGGAGUAAAUUUCCUCACUGACCAGAACAUUGUUGAGUUAUCCAAGUUUUUCUCCAUGUUAACCUCAAUAAACCUUAGUCUAUGCUCUAAGCUUACAAAUUCAACCUUCUUUACCAUCAUGAAAAGGUGCCAUUUUCUGGAUGAGGUCAAAAUGGAGAGAACAAAUGUAGGGGGGGAAGAUUUUUCUGCUGAUAUUGUGGUCAACCCUCGAGUCAAGUCUCUAAACUUGGCUCGAAUUUGUAAAUUAGGCGAUGGGAGUGUCAAGAAGUUUGCUGCUGUUUGCCCCAAUUUACAACAGCUCAAUUUAAGUUCAUGUUCCAAAGUUACGGGAGAGAGUGUUGUAGAGAUUUUUAAGAGAUGCAGGGAGAUUAGGCGUUUGGAGAUAAACCAAUGCAGUGGGAUUAAGGGGCUUGUGAUAGAUUUUGAACUCUCCAAACUGGAGGAAAUGAGUGCAAAAGGAUCAGGGAUUAACGAUGAAGCUUUGGCGGUGAUCGGAAAGAGAAGCUGCAGGCUGCUGCAUUUGGACUUGGCAGGCUGCUUGAAUGUGACGGCCAAAGGGGUGAAGGAAGUGGUGCAGAGCUGCAGAUUGUUAAGGGAGAUAAAUUUGAAGUGUUGUGAUAAUGUGAAUGCUGGCAUUGUUGCAUGGAUGGUGUUUUCAAGGCCAUCACUGAGAAAAAUAAUCCCACCUUGUGGUUUUGCUUCUACUGAAAACCAAAUAAACCUUUUCUUGCGCCAUGGCUGUCUUGUUUGUGAGGGGCAGCAUUUCAAAGGACAUGGAAAACCCCCUUUGAUCUAAAUAAAUUUUCAAA